GCAGACGGCGGGUCCUCUCACUCACACCUGACUUCGCUGUGUGUUAAAACUCGCCGGUUUUGAACUCCACUAACUACCUGCGACGUUACCUCACUGAAUUUUGACUUUUCAUGUUCUUGGAACAUGGGAGACCGUCGUGUUGCACAGUGGACCCGCUGAACGCUGUUUACCUGAGGGUGAUAACUUUAAAUCUCAAGUCUCCUGAAGGAUCUGCGACUUGUCAUCACCUCUCACAGGGAGUGUGUGUGUGUGUGUGUGUGUGUGUGCAGGGGCACAGCGGCACUUCUGUCACUUUGUGCAUCCAGAGCCCCCUCAGCCUCACAGAAGAAAAAACCCUGGGGACCACAGGCUGCAAGAUUAGAGUGAAGAAUGGGGUUAUCUGUUGCCCUGCCGGCCCUUCUGCUUGUUCUUGGCUUGACCACUAAUGUAUGGACUCUGAACCCAGAUGACCCCAACGUCUGCAGCCACUGGGAGAGCUACGCUGUUACGGUCCAGGAGUCCUAUGCUCACCCCUUUGACCAGAUCUAUUACACCAGAUGCACCGACAUCCUCAACUGGUUUAAAUGCACACGGCACAGGAUCAGCUAUAAGACGGCUUACCGGCGGGGAGUGAGGACCAUGUAUAGGCGCCGCUCACAGUGUUGCCCUGGUUACUUUGAGAGUGGAGACUUGUGUGUUCCUCUGUGUACAGAGGAGUGUGUCCAUGGCCGCUGUGUGUCUCCUGAUACCUGUCAGUGUGAGCCGGGAUGGGGCGGACUGGACUGCUCCAGUGGCUGUGAGAGCGACUUCUGGGGACCUCAUUGCAGUAAUCGCUGCCAGUGCCAGAACGGGGCCAAGUGUAACCCCAUCACAGGUGCCUGUGUCUGCACCGAUGGGUACCAGGGAUGGCGUUGUGAGGAGCCCUGCGAGCACGGAUACUACGGCAAAGCAUGCCAGCUUCUCUGCCAGUGUCUCAACGGUGCCACCUGCCACCACGAGACAGGAGAGUGCAUCUGUGCAGCAGGGUAUUCAGGGGCUUUCUGUGGAGAGCGCUGCCCCUCGGGGAGUCACGGGCCUCAGUGUGAGCAGCGCUGCCCCUGUCAGAACGGAGGAACAUGCCACCACAUCACAGGAGAUUGUUCCUGCCCUGCAGGUUGGACGGGUUCAGUUUGUGCCCAGCCGUGCCCUCUUGGCAAGUACGGUAUCAACUGCAGCAAGGACUGUUCCUGUCGUAACGGCGGACUGUGUGACCACGUCACCGGGCAGUGCAAGUGUGCGGCUGGCUUCAGUGGCCGCAGGUGUCAGGAUGACUGUCCUGUGGGCACCUUCGGUCCUCAGUGCAACCAGAAGUGUGAGUGUCAGAAUGGAGCCAAGUGUCACCACAUCAAUGGAGCCUGUCUCUGUGAAACAGGCUUUAAGGGCCCUAAUUGCCAAGAGAGAUUCUGUCCUCCGGGCCUCUACGGCCUCAUCUGUGACAAGUACUGCCCGUGUAAUACCAGCAACACUGUGAGCUGCCACCCGCUCUCUGGUGAAUGCACCUGCGCUGCAGGAUGGACGGGGCUCUACUGUAAUGAGACCUGCCCGCCUGGAUACUAUGGAGAGGGAUGCAUGCUGUCUUGCAGCUGCACCAAUGGAGCUGACUGCCAUCCUGUCACAGGUUCCUGUAUAUGUGCCCCUGGGUUCAUGGGUGAGGACUGUGCUACAAUGUGUCCUCCUGGUCUGCAUGGACCGAGCUGCAUGUCCACCUGCUCCUGCCACAAUCACGCGUCCUGCUCCCCAGUCGACGGCUCCUGCUUCUGCAGGGAAGGCUGGCAAGGUGUGGACUGCUCCAUCCUCUGCUCCAGUGGCACAUGGGGUCUGGGCUGCAACCAGACAUGCUUGUGUGCCAAUGGCGCUGCAUGUGACCCUGUAGAUGGCACCUGUACAUGUUCUCCUGGGUGGAGGGGAGAGCACUGUGGUGAAUCCUGCCUUGAUGGCACCUAUGGUUUGGAGUGUCGUGAGCGCUGUGACUGUAGCCAUGCUGAUGGCUGUGAUCCUGUGAGUGGCUACUGCCGCUGUUACCCCGGCUGGACGGGUAUCCACUGUGAUAAUGUGUGCUCCCAAGGCUACUGGGGACCCAACUGUUCGGUCAGCUGCUCCUGUCAGAAUGGCGGCUCCUGCUCUCCAGAGGACGGCACAUGUGUGUGUGCACCUGGAUACAGAGGGACCUCCUGCAAAAGAAUCUGCUCCCCCGGGUUCUACGGGCACCGCUGCAGCCAGUCGUGCCCGCAGUGUGUGCACAGCACCGGGCCGUGCCAUCACGUCACAGGCCACUGCGAGUGCCUGUCCGGCUUCUCUGGCUCUCUGUGCAACCAAGUGUGUUCUAGUGGCAGGUUUGGGAGGGCCUGUGCUGAGAUCUGCCUCUGUACCAACAACGGCACCUGCAACCCCAUCGAUGGCUCCUGCCAGUGCUUCCCCGGUUGGAUAGGAGAGGAUUGCUCUCACGCCUGUCCCUCGGGGCACUGGGGCCCUGAUUGUCUCAACUCGUGUAACUGUCACAAUGGAGCCCAGUGCAGUGCCUAUGAUGGGGAGUGCAGGUGCAGCCCCGGCUGGACUGGACUCUACUGCACACAGCGCUGUCCUUCAGGCUUCUACGGCAGGGACUGCUCUGAAGUCUGCCGCUGCCAAAACGGUGCAGACUGUGACCACAUCAGUGGCCAGUGCGCUUGUCGAACAGGCUUCAUUGGGACGAGCUGCGAGCAGAAGUGUCCUGCUGGUACAUUUGGAUAUGGCUGCCAGCAGCUGUGUGAGUGCCUGAACAAUGCUACCUGUGACUAUGUGACCGGGACAUGUUACUGCAGCCCCGGAUACAAAGGCAUCCGCUGCGAUCAAGCAGCUCUGAUGAUGGAGGAGCUGAACCCGUACACAAAGAUUAGCCCAGCGCGAGGCUCAGAACGUCAGUCUGCAGGGGCUGUCAUGGGCAUCAUCUUCCUCCUCCUCAUCAUCAUGGCCAUGCUCAGUCUGUUUGUGUGGUACAGACAGAGGCAGAGGGACAAAGGCCAUGAGAUCCAACCCAGUGUUUCCUAUACACAGGCCAUGCACAUUACCGACUACUCUCUGUCCGAGUGUGGCAGCACUGCAGCAAUGAGGACCAGUGCUGCAGAGGUCAAUCAGAGCGCCGGCAGCACGAGCAACAGCAGCGGCCAGUGCUUCUCCAACCCCAGUUAUCACACUGUGGCUCAGUGCAACGUGGUCUCAACCAUCUCCAGCAACCUGGACGGCACUCUGACCCUCAAAUCGAGCACCCUGAAAAACAGAAACAGCUCAGACUGGAGAGCCUACUGCAACCUCAAUGAUAUAGAUGUUCAACAGGGGGAGACACAGACACAGAGAGGCUCCAGAAAAGACUACAUCAAGGCCUCCAUGUGCAGCAACAGUGUCUGCUCCCUGAAUAGUGAGAACCCGUAUGCUACCAUUAGAGACCCACCAGGGCUGGCCUGCAAGCACACAGAGAGCAGCUAUGUUGAAAUGAAGUCCCCCUCCCACCGCGAGGUGCCCUUUGGAGGCACCGCCACCCUCCUGGGCAGCGCCAGCAGGAAUGUCUAUGAUGUGGAGCCAGCGGUAAGUGUCCUGCAGGGACCCAAUGGAAUGGCCACCGGCUUCUCGCAGAGCCCCUAUGACCUUCCCCGCAGCGGCCACCUCCCCAGUCAUUACGACAUCCUCCCAAUGCGUCACAGCCCCACACACACACCUCCGCCACCCCCAGAAAGCCCCAGUUCCCUGCUCUAGACGGGCACACACACCCUUCUCUCCGCCUCGCUCAGACAGCGUGCCGGCAUCGAGGCAACUUUCAGAAAACGUUGAAGCGACGGCCCACCCUCCGUCUCCGUGUGUGUUCAAUUAGAUACUGGGAAGUCAACAUGGAGGGACAGCCUCCACACUUUGGCUCCCUCACUCGCACUUUUUCUGUGUUCCUGAUGGAGGGAGGGUGAAGGAAAGAGUGUCCCACACACCAGCGACCAUUCAUCUGUUUUUAUUUUCUUAUGAAAACUGAUCACUCAAACUGCUGCCCGGACUCUUUAUGGACCUCCUGAAGUUGAACACGGUUAUUCCAAAUGAGCAGCAUACAGGGAUUGUUUGGACAGAUUAUUUUACAGGGAGAGAGCGAUCAUCACACUCAAUUUUAGCUCAUGAUAUCGGUUCACUAUUCAAGGGCAACCGACUGUUUAUAAUGUCCCCUACACAGAAAUGAUUUUCUCCACAGGGAGGACUGUAUGGCACCCUUGAUCAUUUCAAACGAGUGAGGUUUUUACCACAGGAAGACAUCAGUGUGUUUGGAUGUUCCCUGUGUGCAGCAGCUGCAGAUCGCAAAGCAGCUGACGCCGAUCUUCUACUCUGAAGUAACAGAAAGUUCACGCAAAUAUAGGCGACCUUUUUCUAAAACUUAAUCGUGGAAAAAGGGAAGAAGUCUGAUAAAGCAUGGACACGUUUUAAAAUAUUGUAAUGGUCCUUUAAUCACUGUUAUCCAGUCAUGAUCACACACAGUAAUUACUUAGCUGAUCCCUGUGUGUAGCUUCUUUUAAGUGUGAACAAUG